UCCUCCUCUACGCACACACCCAUACACCGUUAUUUUAACCCUACCUUUUUAACUUCCUGAUGUUCUAAACUUGACCUUUAAAUGGUUUUUAUAACCACAACAAAAAAUCGGUAGAAUGUUUGGUUUCUACAUAUAUGGAUAAAUCUCCAGUGGGAUUACCAAUCAUUUGUGCUCCUUUUCAUCCCAAACUCCCCCCCACAGCGCCACCACUAAAAUCAUUCAACUGAAAUUUGCCUCCUUAUUGAUUAACAAUCAUGGGGCAUAUAUACAUAAAUCUGGCCAAGGUGACAUACACACAAAUAUUAUAAAUUGAUGUGUGCGAGUGUGUGUCUCCGACACAUACACACAAGCCAAUAGUGGUAGUAUUAAUAGUAACGAUGAUAAAAUUUCAAAAUUUAAAUAAACCAAUCACCGUAGUCGAAACUGUUCGAUGACCAUAAAUGGACAUUGCGCUUAGUUGAAUGGACAAAAAAAACUGAAUAAAUUGUGCUUCAGCUUUGUCAAGUUUUCAUAUUGCGGUUCGGGUUCGUUGCUUGCACAGCUUUUAUCCGUUUCAAGUCAUAACUAACAACAAUCAUGUCCGACGAAGAAGUUCAGGCCCUUGUUGUAGACAAUGGUUCCGGUAUGUGUAAAGCUGGUUUCGCUGGUGACGAUGCACCAAGAGCUGUAUUCCCUUCAAUUGUCGGACGCCCUCGUCAUCAGGGUGUCAUGGUUGGUAUGGGUCAGAAAGACAGUUAUGUCGGUGAUGAAGCUCAAUCGAAACGUGGUAUUCUCACCUUGAAGUAUCCCAUUGAACACGGUAUUGUCACCAAUUGGGACGAUAUGGAGAAGAUUUGGCAUCAUACAUUCUACAACGAAUUACGUGUCGCCCCUGAGGAACAUCCUGUCCUUUUGACUGAGGCUCCAUUGAAUCCGAAGGCCAAUCGUGAGAAGAUGACACAAAUCAUGUUCGAGACAUUCAACACACCAGCCAUGUAUGUUGGUAUUCAAGCUGUCCUGUCAUUGUAUGCCUCCGGUCGUACAACUGGUAUUGUGUUGGACUCUGGUGAUGGUGUCACUCACACUGUGCCAAUCUACGAAGGUUAUGCUCUUCCACACGCUAUCCUACGUUUGGAUCUUGCUGGUCGUGAUUUGACUGACUACCUGAUGAAGAUUUUGACUGAACGUGGUUACAGCUUCACCACAACCGCCGAGAGAGAAAUCGUUCGUGAUAUCAAGGAGAAGCUGUGCUAUGUUGCCUUGGACUUUGAACAAGAGAUGGCCACUGCUGCAUCAAGCUCAUCUUUGGAGAAGAGUUAUGAACUUCCCGAUGGUCAGGUCAUCACUAUUGGUAAUGAACGAUUCCGUUGUCCUGAGGCAUUGUUCCAACCAAGCUUCUUGGGUAUGGAAUCUGCUGGUGUCCACGAGACCACCUUCAACUCGAUCAUGAAAUGUGACGUUGAUAUUCGUAAAGAUUUGUAUGCCAACACUGUGCUGUCUGGUGGUACUACCAUGUUCCCUGGUAUUGCUGAUCGUAUGCAGAAAGAGAUCACCGCCUUGGCACCAAGUACAAUGAAGAUUAAGAUUGUUGCUCCACCAGAGAGGAAAUACUCCGUCUGGAUUGGUGGUUCUAUUCUCGCCUCACUGUCCACUUUCCAACAGAUGUGGAUCUCAAAACAAGAAUAUGAUGAAUCUGGUCCAGGUAUUGUUCAUCGUAAAUGCUUCUAAGUCGCUUUAACCUUGUAUAAACAGAAAUCAGUUAUGAAUUAUUAUUAUUAUUACUAUUAUUUACCUUUGAUCGUUAUCCGCUCAACAAAGUUAUCAAAAUAAAUUUUAUCUUAUCCGCCCUUAUUUCGACUUGUUUUGUUCAUUUGUCUUUCUACCGGGAGGCGUAGAGUUAAGUAUUUUGUAUAACUAAGGCGUUGUUUUUAAAUCAGGAUUUGAUGCGUCGACAGUGGAAUAGGCGGAAUGUCCACCAACUUUUGCGAAGCUCUGAGUGGAGUCGAUUUCCGGUUAUCCAAUGUACCCCUGAAGAAUGCGCUUAUUCUAGUGACCGGUGUGAGUCUAACAUACCCUGUGUAAGAGAAAAACUCGUUACCAUGUGUAAAACUUGGGCAAUAUGGUACUAUGCAAUUUCGUAUUACUCUUUUUAUUAAAUAUAUCACGGUAUUAUUUAUUAUUCCCUUGGGUUACCAGCGGGACGCAGGCUGUCAGCAGCACUUCUCUAAUUUUUCCUGUUUUUUCAGCCAAACCCACAG